GCUUCAAACCGUUCGAAACUUAGAUUAGAUCUAACAAACUGAAGCCAUGUUUUGACUGAAUAGGCUACUAUUUGUUUCUUUCCCCCUAUCUUUUAUUUAAGUUCAACUGUUACUUUUCCGUUUGAAAUCUGUUGUCUUUACAGACUAUAUUUGGACAAUAACCUCUUCAAUUCUACGGUGUUCUGUUUAUUGUUUUCAUAUUUGACAUUUCAGUCUUAGCAGAAACUUUAAAGAAUGCACUGAAACUUGGAAAUAACAGUUAUUUCUGACUAUCUUGCUGUCUGAUGGAAAAAAAAUCGCCGAUAUUAGGUGUGACCUGUGUUUUCAAAAUGUUACUAAAAUUGCUGGCUACAAAGCAUCCAUCCUUAUUUUGUCUCGAACAUUCAGCAAUUAAAACUGAAGUAGUUAAUGAGACCUCUUCACCUCUAGGUUGGCCAGGGCAGACAUUUGUGACAAACUUUGGCUUGUAAUCGCUGUAAUUAAAUAAAUCAAUCCUCUUUUUCCCAGAGACUCUUCACUAGUUUUGAUUGGCACGCGAAAUUGAUAUGUUUGGGGGCAACGCAUUGUGCUAAGCGCCUCCGAAUCCCUAAUGCAGAUCUGAAGAGCGUAAUACGUCAUGGAUAACUGUUACUUCGAGGGUCUGCUGUUUUUUAGGCUAGUCUACCUCGUCAUGUGCGGAGACUGCGAAGGAGAAGCUGAGCAACUGGACAGGUGCCUAAAGAGCCGGAGGGAAAGCCGACUGGGAAUACCAGAAGAAGUGCUGGAGGUCGACUCAAGUUCUCUCUCAUCCCCCUCUGCUUCGCCACAAGGAAUGGCAUCUCCAACUCGUUUGGGGAAAGCGGUUUGCGCUAACUGUCGAGAGGAAAUUGUGGAUAAAUACUUGCUCAAGGUGAACGACUUGUGCUGGCAUGUGCGCUGUCUGUCGUGCAGCGUUUGCCAGACUUCGCUUGGCGGGCACACCAGUUGCUAUAUCAAAGAAAAGGAGGUGUUUUGCAAAGUUGACUAUUUUAGGAGGUACAGGACCUGGUGUGCGUGCUGUGGCCGAAGCAUCCAGUCCACAGACUGGGUGCGGCGAGCCAAGGGGAACGUGUACCAUCUGGCCUGCUUCGCCUGCUUUUCCUGCAAGAGACAGCUGUCCACGGGCGAGGAGUUUGCCCUGGUGGAGGAGAAGGUGUUGUGUCGGGUACACUACGACUGCAUGCUGGACAACCUCAAGCAUGCCGUGGAGAAGGGAAGCAUGGUCAGUGUGGAGGGAGCAAUGCCUACAGAACAAGAAAUGAAUCAGCCCAAAUCAUCAAAGAGGGCCCGCACAAGCUUCACGGCAAACCAGCUGCAGGUGAUGCAAGCCCAGUUCGCCCUAGACAAUAAUCCUGACGCCCAGACGCUUCAGAAGUUAGCUGAACAAACUGGCCUCAGCAGAAGGGUGAUUCAGGUGUGGUUUCAGAACUGCAGGGCACGGCACAAGAAGCACAUCAGUCCGUCUCACCCUUCGUCGUCGUCGUCCUCCACCUCCUCCACCUCAUCGGUGCCUCCCCUCUCAUCCCUGCAGCCCCUGCGGAUGCCCCAGCCGGUGAUAGAGGAGCUGCAGUACUCAUCGUACGAACCCGAGGGCUCCAUGCUCUCCGCACUGCACUCAUACAUCGACGUACAUUCACCAUCAUCAGUGAUGUACCACUCACUGCUGCCGCAUCCAGGCACACAGCUGCCAGUCACUCACGCUUGAGCCUUGCCGUCUUUUCGCACCUUCUUCUCCGCCAUUAACGUGCAAAUAGGCCCGAGAAAUGGACUCUGGCCUUUUUUCGUUAUGGAAAUGCUUUUGAUUUAUACAUCAGCAACCCAGGUUGUACAGUAAGUGUAUUGUUGCAUUAACUUGUUCAUAGUGAAAAGUGUCAAUAUGAGCGAAGGUUUUGUUUGUUUGUUUUUUUUUGUCGGAGGAAGGUUUUAUGAUUCAUAGAGGGAGUUAUCCACACCUGCCUCCAGCCGCAUGAAAUUGCACAAUUUACUGUAGAGUCUACUUGCAUAUACGUUUUGGCUCACAAAUCCUGUCUGGACUGUUUAUGAUGUCUGCUGGUUUUGAGCGUGACCAUUUAGGUAACAGCUGAUCAUUGAUAAAAGGGUGCACUGGUCUUACUACCUCUUCGGUCUUGGUAAAUGGCUGGCUUUGAUACAGGAACUGAUAUGUUGUUACAGUAGUUGAAAGACAAAUUUUGAGUUUUCCACCCCAUGUAAAAUAGUGACGAAUACGACUACACCCUAUGCGUAUGAGAUUCAUGCUAACUACUACCAUAUACUGUUACAUUGUUAAAUAAUAAAAAUGCUUGUACAUGCGGCUAGAAAAUGGUUGAAUUUGUAAUAAGAGCUGGCCAUCAGUAUGAUGACUCUGUUUUGACAUUACAGCACUGCAUUGCCUAGAUAUGGAGGAUGCUGCCCAGUUCAGACAUGAAUGCUGCUGUUACAUGACUAUGAAUGUUGUGCUAUAAAAUGUUCUCUUUUCUGUAUAUCGUUCAAAUUAAUUAUUUAUGUUCUAUUUAUUUCUUGUGCUUCACUGUCAUUUUUAAAUAAA